CAUAGCGUUCAAAAUAGUACGAUACUGUGCGUACUGGCGAAGGAAAGUACGAGAAAACGAGAUCUCAAAUCAUGAACAAAAAAKAAGAGAUGGAAUGCGAAAGGCGGCAACCCAUGCUCUCUAAUACUUCUCUUUGUGCUUCUGAUACUUGCAAUCUUGUCACCAAAAGAAUCUGUUGAGAGUGGUAUCUCACACCAACAGUCUGGGACACUCACAAAAUGUUUCUUAAGUUGAAUGGCGGAGCAAGGCCCGGGAAAGAAUAAUCGUCUCUGAAAGAAUCMGAUGGAAAGAAGGAAAAGGCAGAUACCAUGAUGCGACGCAAAGGAUUCUAUAGACGCUUUCGUAACUGCGUGUUCUUGACUCUAGCUAUUGGUUACGCAGUGGCGUAUUUCUAUUUUUCAAGCAACUCGCACGCUGUUUUGCUAUCGGACGAAGUCUACCAUGUUGAUCAUCAUGACAUGGCUGCAGCCACAGGAGCUGUAGUCGACUUGCAUUCCACCAAAAUCCAGCAGGAGGCUUCCACAAUAGCACACGUAUACAAGCCGGUAAGAUAAUACAUGUGUUGAAGAAUGGAGAGAACUACGAGAUAAUUUCGAAAAAGUCGAGAAUGUAAUGAUUUCAGCGCAUCCAAAAAGAUCAAACUCACGSCAAUCCUCGUGUCCAAAAAUGAACAAUGGUAUAUUGGUUGUAGGUGCAUCCUUCGACUUGGUGCAUCGACUCAAAAUUGAAACGUGACCAAAAACCAGGUCAACCGAGGUAAGUUCGAUAUUUUGCAACAGAGGGCAGUGCUCUUAACAUGGAUAGUUGAGAGGCAAGGAAUCUUAUGACUUCUUCACGCCAUUCUUUCGUCAUACAGGGGACUCAGUUAUUUGAGAAUUUCCCAUUCGGCGAGUGCGACUCUCAAGGGCAU